CUGCAGCGGCAGUCUCCCGGCUAGCACCAUGUCGCGCACACGUACCGCUCACGCCCACACGCGUUUCGUGGCGCUCACACUCGCGCUCUCGCUAGCGCUCGCUGCCGCUAUUCCCUCGCACCCGCGGCCGCGCGCGCGCCGCCAGCUCGCAGAGGAUAACUCGCUGCAGCCAGAACAAGAGGCGCAGGGCGAGGUGGCGGGGAGACCCAAACGAAAGCUGGAGGGCCUUAAGCAGGCCUCUUUUGGCAUCAAAAACGCCGUGCUCGGGAUCGCGUUCGGGAAAAUCAACUCAAUCAUUGACGCGAAAACGAGGCUAGUGGAUACUUUAGACCGUACCAACAUUGAAAAGAAUCGUGCGCUCGGCAUUGAAACUCCGCGCAAUGACGGCCUAGCGUCCCUGGGUGGGCUCGUAAGCCAGAUAGCGGGCCCGUUCUUGCAGUUAAUCGGGCCGAAGAUCCAGGCCGUGUCCGGAUUGCUGGGCGGUCUUUCUGGAGGCAGCAGUAGCGGAUCCGGCGGCGUAGGCCAGGGCACCGGCGGCGCAGGUGGAGGUGGGCUGGGCUCCGUGCUUUCGCUCGUGUCGUCGCUGUCAGGCUCGCUGUCGGGCGGUGCCGGCGCAGGCGCCACUGUUGAAACUAUUGACUCCUCGGAAGAGGAGGAUGACUCCUCUUAAUGCAACGCACUCUCCCUUAUCCCUAUCCUCAUCCUUUCCCGUCCCUUUAGCCGCCUGUACAGUCCGUGGCUAUCCCUCUCCUCCUGCUCACGCCUGUGGCGCCCUCUCGCCGCAGCACUGUAUUUAUAUUGUAAAUAGGUUUAGGUGAAUGGUGGUGAUAUUAAACAUAUUCCUUCCAA